CAAAUUAAUUUUUUAAAUUAAGGUUUUCCAUUGAUAUAUGUAGGUAUAUUUUUACUGAAAUUAUUCGUAUGUAAACUAGAAAGAAUCGGAGCACUUCAAAUGUUUUUUUUUUUAGGCUAAAACCUAUUUACCUCAAAGCCGUGAUUUAUGACAUAUGUGUUAUCGAUAAAACUUUUAUUGUUUUCCUUAAAAUGAAAUCUUUUGUCCUUUUAAAACGAAUUCUUGCACAGCCUUUGGGUCAUUACUUCCUCCUUUCCUCAAAGCCUGAAUUGUUGGCAUGGCAACAUGCAACCAAAACAAAAAGUGAGGAAAUUCAUUUAAAUUCCAUAACGUCAGAAUUUGACCCUUAAAGUGCAAUGUGAUCGAGCAUUAUUUCGAGAAAAUUACUAGGAGUUGUAGAGAAAUUUAAGUAGUGGUGAAUUAUCAUGGAUCAGAAUAUCCCAACGAAGAAUGAAGAGUUUAAUGGGAGGAAUUCGACCGAUAUACCAUCACAUGGAACAGUUCCGAAGUGGCUGGAAGAAAUAUCUCAAAAAAUAGUCCAGAGUCAUAAUAAUCGAGUUGAGAAAAAUAAAAGUUUGGCUUAUAGUCUAGAUGUGAAGAAUUUUUUCGAAGGCCUAGAUUCUCGAAAUCGGAGGAGACACGAGUCGUCUUCAGCCAAAUAUGGUCGUAGAUCAUCUCUCGCUUCCCAGUUACUCGAAGAAAAGAGUGUAUCCAACAUCGCGAUGACCCAGUCCGAGUAUCUAAUUCCCACUCUUGACGAAAAAUUUGACUGGAAGUCCCUAAACCGGGAUCCCUACCAAGAAGAUCUAGAAAAAUCCUGGAAAAGCCUCGACCAUUUCAAACAAUCUCACAAAGGGCGUCUCGACAGUGCCAAAAAUUUUAUACUAGACUCGAAAAUUGAUUUCGAUUCAGUUUUGUCACCGAUUUUCUCAAACGACGAGGUCGGUUCGUACAGCCCCUCACUUUUAGACCAAACUGUGCCAAAUCGAAGCAGGAGCGAAAUGUCGAACUAUCACAAAUCGACUACUUCGAAAAGCCAAAUCGAAAUGUACCCUCGGAGAUACGACUCAUCGUUUGAAAAAAAAUUAUCAGAGUAUCAACUCAAUAUUGACAAGGAGAACAAGCUUCGAGAGGAGAUUAUUUCGGAGCUUUUGGCCGAAAAUGAACGGAUUACUGAACGACUUAAACGGCAUAGUUUAGAACGAGGGGGUGAACCCGACGGGCCCACUUUCUUCAAAUACAACUCGAAUUCGAAAUACAAGAGUAAAAGUUCGAAAGUGAAAGUAGCGAAAGAGAGUGUUUUUAUAAUUCCGGAGCUGCCCUCGGGGCAAACUUUGAUUAUUGACAUUUUGACCACUUGGGGUGAUAAAUAUUACGUGGGUUUGAACGGAAUUGAAAUUUUUGGGAUUGAUGGCAAGUUGGUGAAAGUGAAAAAAAUAACAGCAGUUCCUCCGGAUGUUAAUGUUUUACCGAAAUGUAACGCUGAUCCUAGAGUCGUUACAAAUUUGCUAGAUGGAGUUUGCAAGACUCAGGAUGAUAUGCAUAUUUGGUUGGCGCCUUUUGAAAUGGGGUGCAGCCACAUUAUAACAAUCGAGUUUGAAAAAGUUGAGACUUUAGCUAUGAUACGGAUUUGGAACUAUAACAAAUCGCGAAUUCAUUCGUACAGAGGUGUCCGAGAUAUCGUGAUGUUUCUGGACGAUAUGGCAAUUUUUAAAGGCGAAAUUGCGAAAGCUUGUGGUGGAAUGUUGGGCAGUAUUGAAGCUUUUGGUGAUACGAUAUUGUUUACAACAGACGAUGAAAUAUUGGAAAGCAUAUCGAAAAAUGAUUCUUCGUAUUCCUUUCUUACGUCAGGGCCUGCUACUCCGACCAUUAUGGAACGGCCCCCAACGUCCGCUUUGAUCUCUGACAUUCGUCCUGUAACGGGACCUGCUACCAAAAGCUCCCCCACGGACCAAAUUCUCUUGGGGGCAAGUCAAAUAGAGCUUGUCCUUUUAUCCAAUUGGGGUCACCUCACAAUGAUCGGUUUAACCGGAUUUGAAUUAGUCCAAGACAAUGAUACAGUUAUCAACAUCAAACAAAACAAUUUGACGUGUAAUAUAAAAAGUGAUAAUUACACUUUAUCGAACUUAAUCGACGGAGUCAACAUCACAAAUGAUGAUACAAACAUGUGGUGCGCCCCUUUUGAAUUUGGUGAAGAAGUCAUCAUUAGAAUGAACUUUGACGAUUUUAAAUACGUGUCAGGGAUCAGAAUUUGGAAUUAUAACAGCAGUUUGGAAACUUCUUACGCUGGAGUUCGCGCUAUGAAAAUCCUCUUGGAUGGCAAACCUGUCAAAAAUCCUUUAACCAAGAACGAGAUUUUUAUUUUGCGACGAGCGCCAGGAAAUCAACAUUAUGAUUACGUCCAAGAUAUUAAGUUUGUCGAAGAAUUGACUGUAGGAGACAUCCAUAAUGAAAUGCCGUCUUUGUUAGAUCAAGACGAGCUUUAUGAGCCUUCAGCUAUGCCGGAGGGUUUUGUUAUUCAAUUUGUUAUUUUUUCGACUUGGGGGGACCAAUAUUACUGCGGUCUGAAUGGUUUGGAGUUGUAUAACCAGUAUGGGAAAAAGAUUUUACUAGAUGAGCAAAAUAUUUGUGCGUAUCCUGAGAGUGUAAAUUCGCUACCGGAGUUGAUAGGGGAUGUCAGAACUCCCAAUAAACUCAUAGAUGGGGUUAAUAAUGACCAUACAGGGUCACACUCGUGGCUAGCCCCCAUUAUACCCAAACAUUUAAAUCGGAUUUAUGUCGUUAUGGACGAACCUAUUGUUGUUUCUUUGGUCAAGUUGUGGAAUUAUUCAAAGACACCAAUGAGGGGGAUUAAAGAGUUUGGGAUUCUAGUGGACGAUUUAUUAGUUUAUAAUGGAACUUUACAUAAAUAUUCGGUGAAUAAAGAUGGCUACCAGACUGUUGUUUUUACAGAAAAUGAAGCUAUUUUAGGUGAAGAAUAUGAUGAUGUUUUAAGAAAAAGUGCUUUCUCGCAAGAUGUUGUUUUGUUAGACCAAGACGUGAGGACUACAACUGGGGGUUCUCUACCAGAAGCAGACCCAGCAUUAAGACCUUUUACCUCAGUUAAUUUAUACGAUAGAGGAUACACUUCAUACUAACCACGUUUUUGUACAAAAUACAUUUUUUGUAUUUUUUAGAUAUGUCAAGUUUUAAUGUAUGGUUUUUGUAAAGCUACAUUUGUGUAUUUUAUUGUAUUGUAUUGUAAGGUUA